UUGGCACGGCAGAAGCUUUCCCCGCGUCCGGCUACUACCCAUCACUCCCCUCAGAUCCCGAACGACCAAACUCCCUUCGCCGGCGGAGGAAGGCGGGGGAGAUCACGCCCGGGUUGGGAUCGCGCACCGGCGGCGGGCGGGAUGGUGGCGGCUCUGGCGCCGGGGGUGUCCCGGAAGCUGAAGAAGGUGCUGGAGACGCGGACGGACAGCCCGGAUCUGCUGGCCUCGCUGGGCGCGCUCUCCACCUUCUACGUCCAGAACACCCCGCAGGCGCGCCGCAACCUCAAGUCCUCCAUCGAGCAGCGCGCGCUCGCCAUCAACCGCCACUUCCUCGACGCCUCCCUCCCCGCCCACAAGGCGUUGGAUCGCGUCGAGGGGGAGGUGCACGCGCUGAACGACUCCUGGAAGAAGAUUGAGGAAGCAUUGAGCAGUUGUAGUGUGAGAACUGGGGAUAUUAUCAGUACAACGGAGAGGUUGCAACAAGAACUUGAGGUUAUCACUCAGCGCCAAGAAAUUGUUUCAUGUUUCCUGCAGGAUUAUCAACUUUCAAAUGAAGAGAUAAAUGCACUCCGGGAAGAAGAGAUAGAUGAUAAAUUCUUCAAGGCAUUGCUGCAUGUCCAAGAAAUACACUCAAACUGCAAGGUCCUGCUGCGGACACACCACCAGCGUGCUGGUUUAGAACUUAUGGAUAUGAUGUCUGUGUACCAAGAAGGGGCUUAUGAAAGAUUGUGCAGGUGGGUUCAAGCUGAAUGUAAAAAAUUAGGUGAUAGUGACAACCCUGAAGUAAGCGAACUUUUGAAAAAGGCUGUUCGCUGCCUGAAGGAAAGACCUGUUCUAUUCAAGUAUUGUGCAGAAGAGGUUGCCAACAUGAGACACCAUGCAUUAUUCAGGCGGUUUAUAAGUGCUCUUACUAGAGGUGGACCUGGAGGGCUCCCAAGACCAAUAGAAGUGCAUGCUCAUGAUCCUCUUCGUUAUGUAGGCGAAAUGCUGGGUUGGCUACAUCAGGCACUGGCAUCUGAAAGAGAGCUUAUAGUCGUCUUGCUUGAUCCUGAUGCAUUAACUGACAGUGGUCCAACCACUCGUUGUCAUUCUGGAAGAGAUGGUGAUUCCUCCAGAGGAGAGUCUGAUGUAACUUUUGUGCUUGAUAGAAUAUUUGAAGGGGCAUGUCGGCCAUUUAAAGUUCGAGUUGAGCAAGUUUUGCAGUCACAACCAAGCCUGUUAGUCUCUUUCAAACUUAGCAAUACCUUGGAAUUCUAUGGUUACACGAUAUCGGACAUGCUGGGAGGGGACACUGCUCUGUGCAAUACAAUAUGGUCACUUAGAGAUGCAGCGCAGCAAACAUUCUUCAAUAUCCUGAAGAGUCAGGGAGACAAGUUAUUGCGUUAUCCUCCACUAGUUGCAGUGGACCUCUCUCCUCCACCAGCUGUGAGAGAAGGAGUUUCUUUGUUGCUUGAGCUCAUAGAUACCUACAAUAGCAUGAUGGUUCCUGCCUCUGGAAAAGGACCAAACUUUGAUCCUGUCAUUUCUGCGUUACUGGAUCCUAUAAUUCAGAUGUGUGAGCAAGCUGCAGAGGCGCAAAAGUCAAAAGGUUCACUUGCACGGCGUGGUAGAACUACCUCUGAUCCUAGUGGAAAUAGCAGAGAUUCGAUAGCAGUUGAUGCUAUUCUGUCCAAGAAUUUAUCUACAUCGGUUCUGAGCGCUGAAUCUUCGUCCAAAGUCUACCUCAUCAACUGCUUAUCAGCAAUUCAGGAACCAUUGAUGGGCCAGGAGGUUGCUACAAGCUAUGUAAACAACCUGCGCUCUAUGGUUGAAGCUCAUAUUCGUGCCCUUGUAGAUAAAGAAAUUGACAGCAUUAUUAGGAAAUGUUUACUGUCGAAUAAGAUGCCAUACAUAAAGGACUAUGGCAGCAUGGAUGACGCGAGACCUCUGGCAGAUGUUGUCGAGACAUCGCCACAGAUGCUUCUGGAAUGCCUGAAGGCAUUCUAUGGCCUUUUGACUGGAACAGAAGGUUCCUUGCCUGAAUUUGAGCAGCUGCAGGUUCCAAGGUUACGUUCAGAUGCGUGCUAUGGUUUGGCUAGAGCACUAGCAGAAACAUAUGAACUCAUUUAUAAGGCAGUGAUGGAUCCAAAGAACAGUUAUCCUGACCCGAGGUCGUUGGUUAAGCACUCGCCUGAGCAGAUAAGAACUAUACUGGAAAUCUGAGGUCUAUGCACCAUGCCUUUUGAUACAACGUUGAUUAGAGGAGUCAUGCGAAGUAAUCAAUGUGAUGUAAAUUUCCAACUGUAAGUUGUGAAUUCAAUUCCUUGCUGUUAUAUUGAAGCGGUGAGUCCUUUACUAUACUCUUGUAUCAUAGUAUCUCUCCUGACUCCUGUUCUCAUGUACCAUUUCUUUUUUUCUUUAUAAAAAGACAAAUUUCAUUGUACAUGGAUAGUUUGAUUAUCACAAAGAUAAUUGUAUCGGAGCA